CUUUUGGCGAACUUAGACCCACCACUUGACAAUUGAGGCAAAAAAUAAUAAAGCCCUUUAUUUUGUACGUCGUGUCUGAUUCUUAUUCGGGGUUUUGGUGACAGAUAUUGUUGCCAUGCUGUAGAAAAAUUAUUGCUUCUCUGGUUACAAUGAUGUUGGCCACGAGAUGCAAAGGAAGAAAAAAAUUUACAUUUAAGAAGAAGAGGAAAUAUGCCUAACCUAAAAUUUGCUUUAAUAGCUGUUUAUUAUGGAUUAUAACAAACAUCGAAAUGAUUUCUAUAAGUAUCAUAAACAUGACAAGAGAUACCAGAGGGGUAGAAGUCGAUCUAGAAGUCCCGCAGAUAGGAAAAAGUUUAAACGAAGAUCUUUAUCUCCUAAGAAGCCAAAGAAAAUAGAUGAUUACAAAUUCGAAUUGGCUAGGUUUUUGGAAGAAAACGGAAAUAUUAAAAACAUGGGCGAUUUUUGGAAAUUUUUCGAAAAGUAUCAAAACGCACAAAGGUUGAAAGCGAACGACCCGUCUUUUAACAGAAAUUCACUGCUCAAUUUUGAAUUCAGCGAGGCCAGGAAUAUUUUGUAUGACAAGUUACCCAUUUUAGAUAAACACGGUGAAAAAAUUUACAUCUCAACUGAAUCUUUUGAUGAAUUUUUAUUGGUCAUCAAAGUGUACCAAGAUUUUCAACAGAAAACCAAGUUUUCAAAGCUCAAAAUGCUUAGAGCUGCCCAAAAAGAUUUGCCCAUAACGCAGUUUAAAGAAGAAAUCAUUGACAAGGUAAAGGAGUCUAGAAUUGUGUUGAUAGCGGGGAAUACAGGUUGCGGAAAAUCCACCCAAGUACCACAGUAUGUUAUGGAAGCGGGCUUUAAGAAAAUUGCAUGUACUCAACCCAGGCGCAUAGCUUGCAUAAGUUUAGCUAAGAGGGUGUCCUAUGAAACUUUAACCGACUUUAAAAGUACGGUGGGUUACCAAAUCCGGUUUGAGAAAACUAAACGCAGUGAUACAAAGAUAAUAUUUAUGACAGAGGGUUUGCUGUUAAGGCAAGCUUCAGAGGAGGAAACUUUAAAUUCUUAUGAUGUGGUUAUUCUGGAUGAAGUGCACGAGAGGCAUUUGUAUGGAGACUUUUUAAUAGGAAUUAUGAAAUGUCUCUUAUAUAAAAGGCAAGAUAUAAAAUUAAUUUUAAUGUCUGCCACAAUAAAUAUUGAACUAUUUACCAAUUACUUCGCUGAAGAAAAUAUCAAAGUUAUUCAGGUACCUGGGAGGUUGUAUCCUAUUGAAUUGCACUACCAACCAAUAAUAAAGGAUCCCUAUGAGCGGAAACGCGAAAAAUUCGAUUGUACCCCCUAUUUGCAAAUUCUCCAGAUGAUAGAUGAGAAAUAUCCGCCCCACCAAAAAGGGGAUGUGUUGAUUUUUCUCAACGGCUUCUCGGAGAUAUCUACCUUGGCUGAUGCCGUUAACGAGUACAGCCAGUACAAAAAAAAUUGGAUUGUCCUUCCAUUGCACAGUAGUUUGUCCCUUGAGGAACAAGAUAAAGUAUUUGACUAUGCCCCAGAAGGCGUUAGAAAAUGUAUUAUAUCCACUAAUAUUGCCGAGACUUCAGUCACAAUCGAUGGUAUAAGGUUUGUCAUAGAUUCCGGAAAAGUCAAUAGAAUGAUGUACAACACAAACUUAGGAGUAAAUAAAUUGAGUGAAUGCAAUAUAUCUCAGGACAGCGCCAAACAAAGAUGCGGCAGAGCUGGUCGAACAGGACCCGGAGUUUGUUACAGGCUCUACUCAGAAGAAGAUUUCAGAAGUUUCGAUGCGUUUACGCCAGCGGAAAUACAUUUGGUUCCUUUAGACUCUUUGAUUUUGCACAUGGUGUCACUGGGGCUGAGCGAUAUAGAACACUUUCCGUUCCUAGAGAAGCCAAGUCAGAAAGCCAUUGAAGAAAGUUUGGAAAAAUUAAAAUUUACUGGGGCUUUGGCGCUCGAUGACAAUUGCCUAGUUCUCACGACUCUAGGGGAUGCUCUGAGCCAGCUGCCAGUAGACUUGGGAAUUGGGAAAAUGCUCAUAAUGUCUACAAUUUUCGGGAACGUUAAUUCAAUACUCGCGUUGGCUUCCCUCCUAAGUGUACAGAGUCCAUUGACCCAAAACGCAUAUCGAGAUUCCGAGGGUCUGAAUUUGAGGAAACCGUUGGAGUCCAACCACGGAGAUCCUUUGAGUUUACUGAAUUUUUAUAAGGAAUGGUUAACCGUUAAACAAAUGUCGGCACCAGUGCAGAGCAGUUCGAGGCAUAAAUCGGAAAGUUCAAGGACGUGGUCGAAAAAGCGGUGCUUGGAGGAACAAAGAUUCUACGAGGUGACCAAACUUCUGGAACAAUUCCGAGAUAUUUUGCACGAAGCGAACCUGCUGACGAAAAUAGAGGAGGGUCAGUUGACCAGCGGAGAAAGGGCGAUAAGAUACGGCGAGUUAAAGCAUCUGAAGUCUUUGCGGCACAGUUUGAAGAACGAGUCGAAAUUGCAGCGCAGAAAGCAACUCAAAUACGAAAUGUACAAUUUCGGCGAAGACGUCGACGAAUCCGAGUCCAGAACCGACUUACGCGACGUCGAGUUUAGAAUAUCCAACGAUUUCAAGAGGCUACAAAAAUUGCUAAACGAGGCAUCCGCCGAUGGGUUUCGAGACCUCAUGCUGCUCAAACUGAUCCUCACCAGCGGUUUUUACCCUCAAAUCGCCGUCGAAGACGAACACAACUCUUCAAAAACCGUUUCGGAACGGUUGUACCACACGAAAAAUAAAAACUAUGUAUUCCUGAGACCGAUGAGUUACUUCGCUGCGAAUCCCGAGACUCUGGAGCUGCACAACGAUGACGUCGAAGUGCCGCCACCUGGAUAUUUUAGCAAGAGGCCAAUUAGCAAGAAGCACCAAGUGCUCGUGUACCAAUCGAUUUUGGAAACGAAAAAGGUUUACCUCAUGAACACGAUGAGGAUGCCGUGCUUGCAGACGUUGUUGCUGUUCGGCAAAACGAUCGCGACGAAUUCGACGUUGACCAAAUUCCUAGUGGACGAUUUCCUACUCGUGGACGCGCCAUAUUUCGGCCAGGGCAAGUCGCUACUGCUGCGCGCGGUAGAGCUGCGCAAGAAGUGGAAGCGCAGAGUGGAAUGCAAGUUGAACGACCCGUCUGUAAAAGAAACGGCGAGGGAUCGCGAGGAAAUGUUCUACUUCGCAGACGAUUUGGUUAAUUUUAUGACUCUCGAGGUGUCUUACAACCUCAAACGUCUGUUGCCCGCCGAUCUGAAGGAGCUAUACAAGUUUACGAGCGAAGGUUUCGAGUGCAUCGACCAAAAAUUAAACCCUUUCGACGGGGAUUACGUGAUGGCGCGUAACGACAUCAAGGGUGGGUUCAACGUCACAGAGAACGUGAUUUUCGACUGUUUGCUGGAGGAAGAGUGGUGCAUCAGUAUCCAGCAGGAGAUCUGCGCGAGCGAGUACGAGUGCAAACACUGCAAGAAGACCAUGUCGGGAGCUUCAGUGUUCCGAAUAAUGCAGCAUGAGGAGUUUUGUGACUCCAAGGCGGAGAUUAAGAAGGAGGCGGAGGAAGAUGUCUGCAACGCCGUCGUCAAACCCAACUCGAAAAAGUAUUACUGCGCCAAGUGCGAUAAGGACCUGAUGUUGACGCCGACGGAUAUUUUAAAACAUAAGAGGAGUUGUAAAUAAAAAAAUUAAGUGAAGGCUGUGUAUUUUUUUGAACUCCAAUAAACUUCAACCAAGCGCCCCAUGGAAGCGUGAUAAUUCUGGCAAUAAAUAAUCACGAGUCUCUUUUCCUAUACCAUUGUACUUUUUUUACUAUUCCAGUUAUACACUCAGUUAUUGCAGUUUGAAGGCUCACUUCAUAAAACCUAAAAACUCGAACCACUAUAAAAGUCACACAUUAUCAUCGAUUUUUUUCCGGUGGUUGACCCUGU